AUCUUUUUUUCUUUCAACUCGUUGAAAAAUAGGAAGUCCCGAUCGAUAUCGAUGGCAAUAAGGUAUCAUAUGACCCUUCAUCCCGUCGUCAUCUUUUACAGAUUAAAAAGGAGGGACUCUGGGUUUUUGCUUUUUAGAUUCAGAAGUCAAACAAAAUAGCAAAGAAGCCAAGUUUUUGAUAUAUAAAUCGAUCAAAUCAAAAACCAGGGUGGCUUUUGAGAAAAGGGAUUUGGUGAGUAUUCAAAAUCAAUGGCGAAUCUGUAUGUGAAAGCGGUGCCACCUGCGGAUCUGAAUCGGAACACGGAGUGGUUUAUGUACCCUGGAGUAUGGACAACCUAUAUUCUAAUUCUCUUCUUCUCGUGGCUCCUUGUUCUCUCCAUCUUCGGUUGCUCUCCUGGCAUGGCUUGGACCAUCGUCAAUCUCUCUCACUUCGUUGUCACAUACCACUUCUUUCACUGGAAGAAAGGAACCCCAUUUGCUGAAGAUCAAGGGAUUUACAAUGGCUUGACUUGGUGGGAGCAGAUAGACAAUGGAAAGCAGCUUACACGCAACAGAAAGUUUCUAACUGUUGUACCUGUGGUGCUAUACUUGAUAGCCUCGCAUACAACCGACUACCAACAUCCUAUGCUCUUUUUGAACACUCUUGCAGUGAUCGUGCUCGUCAUUGCCAAGUUCCCCAACAUGCACAAGGUUCGAAUCUUCGGAAUCAAUGCAGACAAGUGAGUGUGCCUUCUGUUAAGAAUACUUGAUUUUGCCUGCUAGAAAGCCACCAUGGCUUCCCCUCUGUUAAAAUGGGUAUAUCUUUUAUAGGAGGACAUUUUGAAGGUGUAAUGGUUUUCCCUUUUUCUGCUUAGUAAUGCUGAGUUUGCGGAAUAUCAUUAUGCUCUUAUCAGCAUUAUCACAUAUCUUCAUACUUUUAUUUGUUGAAAUUUCAUAUCUUUAAAACUCUUAUGGGAGCUGAUCAAACAUACAAGAUAGCCGGGUGUUAAUUUGUAGACCUGACCAUUCGUGUACUUGUUAUCUAUUUAUUUUGUGUUUAACACGUGUAAAAUAUAAAAAUUGACAUGUUACAUUUCAUGUCAAUAUGUCAAACAAAAAAUACAUUUUUUUUGUUUAAACACGACACAAAAAUUACUAGGUCUAAUUAUAAUUCUCUUAUAUUUGUAAUUUCAUUUAAAAACAUGGGUUAAUAUCAUGAAUACCCUCUAAGGUCUAAAUUACAAUAA